AUGGACGGGAAGAAGGUGAAGGAGAGGGCAGCAUGGGGCACCAGCGACGGCGGAGGCAACCUGGUGAAGGACGCCGUCGACUACAGGGGCUGCCGGGCGGACAAGUCCAGUACGGGCGGCUGGGUGGCGGCGGCGCUCGCCCUCGGGAUCGAGCUGUGCGAGCGCCUCUCCACCAUGGGCAUCGCCGUCAACCUGGUCACCUACCUCACGGGCACCAUGCACCUGCCCAGCGCCGCAGCUGCCAACGUGGUCACCGACUUCAUGGGCACCUCCUUCCUCCUCUGCCUCCUUGGUGGAUUCCUUGCCGACUCCUUCCUCGGACGAUACCUCACCAUCGCCAUCUUCGCGCUCGUCCAAGCCAUCGUAAGCACUCCUGUAUGCAUGCAAUGCAAACUCGAUUGCUGCUCUGGCAUGGCACGAUAG